UCCAAGUACAAGCAAAGCCGACAACAUGUGUCUCCAACAUAAUUAGUAGUCAAGUUCUCUCUUUUUGAUGAUAUGAACCUAAUAGAGGUGCAUGUUUGCCUAGAAUAUCUAAAAAUUCUGACACAACUUACGAGCUAGGUAUGAUUUAGUGGCUCAUAGUGGUCAUUUCUCUCCAUCGACUUCGCGAUCUACUGCGCACGCCUGUAUUCUUUAGCUACGAACUUCCGUAAUGUCGGCGAAACUUCUGGUGAUACAACUUGUUCUGUAAUGGAUCAACAGCUAAAGCAUGUAAAGCUCACCCGUACUGCGUUGAGAAAGGCUCACUAUGGACACUGCUGUAAUUGAAGAGGGCGUUUUUGCGGUUGGUAGAAUAGUCUCUGCCAACUCAGGCGCAUCUGUGGCCUCUCAAUCGAACGCGCAUGUGGUCGCUUCGUCGUCUACUGGGGUCGCAUGCUAUGAAGAAUCUCGAUCAGUAAAUUUCGAUAAGCGCUGUCCUGACCAUCGACUUCCUGAAAGCCAUCACGACGUGUCAAAACCGUGUAGUUCAAAGUACAAGGAGGCUACGUGCCACAUCUGUAGCUUUGAGUCUGCCUCGAGUCAAGCAGCUACCAACCACAUUCGAACCCACGAUAAGAGGCUCGAUCUUUGUCGUAUUUGUGAAUUGCCACAAAUCUCCGAAGGUACACUACAGCUACAUCUUUACAAGCACAUUGGUGUACGGCCAUUUCUUUGCAAGUUAUGCGGCCGUAGGCUUCGCACGAAAUACAGCUUCGAAAAACACCACGAGCUGCAUAAUCGCAGCACUAGAUAUUUUGCCUGCAAUGCCUGUGGUGACUGGUUUUCAUCGAAGACGAAAUUAACGCUCCACGAACGAAAGACUCAUGCGGUGCGGGAAUGGAAGUGUCGAUUCUGCGAAAAAAUGUUCUUCAAGCAAACCGCUUUAGAACAACAUGAAAAUCUACACACACUGAGCAACCUGCUUAGAUGUCCACAUUGUCCGAAGCGAUUUUCGGCCUCACAAAGCUUAAAGAAUCACAUCAAAGGUAGACAUGGACUUAUCUCAGGCGACACCGGCUGAGGUCAAUGAGGAACAGUUUACUAUUGUAGUGUAGUUAUGCAAAAAAAAAAGUAAUUCAACAAUAACGUGGCCAAUCUCUCAGUGAGUUCGUGAUUUGCUGCUGUUUCUGCCUGAACAAAAUGUUUCACAGCAUAAACAUUUCAUGAUGUGUUUGAUGACGUGCAUAAAAGAAUUAUUUUGCUACAGAAAGACAAAAUUGCGACUGGGCAGUAAUUAUAAUUAUAAAAAUAAAAAAGGUAUAACUAACAUAAUAAUAAUUCAACCUAAUCAUAUUUUAUUAAACUUUUCAUUAAAUAAGUAUAAUUUCUUAUUACUGGACUAAUAGUUCCAUCGGCUUGAACGUAACGUGUUUAUUUACGGUGGUCACUUGAAGGCUGGUGACUGAAUCUAAACUACUGCAUUGACCAUGCAACACUUCAAGGACCACAUGAACACUCAAUUGCGGUCGUAUAUAUGUUCCCACACAUUAACUUCAAGUAGCUAUAUCUUAUACUUAAACCGUUUAUACUACAUGCAUUGUCAUUUGCGAUGCGGACACAACUUGUUAACAACUUAAUGAAAGUGAAAUCUUAAUUCGAUAAUGGCACUACGUGCAAAUUUUACGUCUAGUUAGCUUCACCGCCACAGCGGUGAAGGUAACUAGACGUAAA